CAUUUUGAUCAUUUCGAAUUAGAAUAUUUUAGUAUCUGUUUUUGGCCUUACGAUAGGACGACUGUAUAAAUUUUUAAAAAUCUUUAGUUAUAUAUAGUUAUAGAAAAAUAAAAGCAAAAGAAAUAUAAAAAUGCAACAGAAGCGUAAAGAUCUGAAAAGGUGCAUGAAACGUCUCGACGCACUGCAGAAGGAACUGGUCAAGCACAGGACAUGCAAGAGGUUAAAAAUGUGCAUUAAUCAGCUGAGGGAGCUGCAGCGCGAAGUGGAACGGCGGCAGCCGUGUCGCACGGGAUAUCCAGUGAGCGAAUCGCUUAAGCUAAGUCAUCCAAUCAAGCUGUGCGAAUAUACCAUAUCCUUUAGUCAACUGGAUAAUUGCGGUCGUGAGCUGUUGGAGGAUGCACUCAACGCACGCUGCUUCGCCUAUGCUCCAUAUAGCAAUUUCAAGGUGGGGGCUGCCUUUCGCUCCAAGGAAGGCAGAGUCUUUACUGGAUGCAAUGUGGAGAACGUGGCUUUGACUCCAGGUUGUUGUGCGGAACGUACAGCUAUGUUAAAGGGAAUCAGUGAAGGUUGUCGGGUAUUCAAUGCCGGAGCCGUGGUGGCCUAUCACCCUAGCGGCUACACAACCCCUUGCGGUGUCUGUCGGCAGUUUAUUAUAGAGUUUGCCAAAUUGGACAUACCCAUUUACAUAGCACAGGCGCCAGAGUCAAGUGCCCCAAUACCACUGUUCGAGGACGAUGCCGAGGUCCUAGUCACGUCCAUCUACCACUUAUUACCUCAUUCAUUUUCAGUGUAUUAAGUUUGUAAAUACUGCUUGUAAAUUAAAAUAAAUAUUUUGGCAGUCAAUUCAAAAUGCAAA